CAACGCUAAAGUCCCAACCCCAUUUUGAUUUGGACCCACCUUGGUAAUUCAAUAAUUAGCACUGUUAGCGAGAGAAAAAAAAAUACGUUUCCUCCGCAGCAGAAAAUUUUUCUCUCUCGCCGUUGCUAGGGUUUCCUCGCGACGGUCGAGCCCCUCGCCUAGGCGCCUCUCCCUGGUUUCCUGCAGGGCUUCUCCCCCCGCUUCUCUUUUUGUUCUUCCCAUGGCUCAUCUGCUUAUGUUGCCUUGGACUUAUUGCAAUCUCGAAGAGGUUUAUUUGAUUUUUGAGUCCAAUCAAUCGAGCCUCCAACAAAUGCCGAACCCCGCUUCGCUCCCUGCAACACAGCGAUCUGGGAUGGAGACGAUUUUGUUCCAAAUAGAUCUAGGGAUGGCUCACUGUUUCGCGUGCAAUUGUGCAGAGAGAAGGGGUGGCUUGAUUCUGUUCUGGAAGGAUGGGUCUGCCUUUCAAAGUUCCUCUUUCUCGCCAUUUUUAGAUCUAGGGUGGGCUUUGCUGUCCUGUGAACAGUGUUGCCGUGAGACGCCAUCUCACAUUGAUGUCGUAAUAGUAGAUCCGGGUGGAUGUCAAUGGCCAUUAACAACGCUUUCUGAUCAACCUGAGAUGGAUUCCCCUCUGCUUUGGCUGCAUUUAGGCGCCAUCAAUGUUACCUUGAGCAAAUCGGAAAAGGAGAGGGGCAUUCUCUUCUUCCGGUUGGGUUCUACGCAGGGGGAUGUAAAUGGGUUUUGGUGUGGAAGGUCAAAUUUCCAUGCCGUGAAGGAUCCUGCUGGUGUUCUGCAAGGGCAGUAUGGCCCUCAUGCUGGUAAAGGGGCUCUAGAUCCCUUAUUAACCGAUGAUAGCCAAGGAUUGUUGAGGACUGGAACAGAUGGGCACAUGUUUGGGUACACCUGCAGUCGAAUAGGGUACCUGGAGACUGCACUGAGGAGGACCAUACCCCUCCUCUUGUUUAUUCUUUUUUAAGAAUAGCUUGGAUGGCAACCUAUAGUUUGGGGACUGUUUGUUGCCAAAAUCCCUUCUCUCCCCGAGAAGCUGGUUAAUUAGGUGAGGAUGUUCAGUAGCUUUCGAUGCUCAUAGGGACCUUCCUUUCUACAUUAGUAGCUCUUUUUAACCCAUACAGCGAUUGCAAUUGCAAUCUCUAGUUGCAGAUGGCUCUCUUUACUUAAUUGUCUAUAUUUGUCAUGGGCAUAGUUUAAAUCUGUUACUAGGCUGUAGGUUAUGCUUCUGAUUAUGCUUUUUAAGCUUUCAUGCGUUAGGCUAUAUGCCAUGUGAUGGAGUUUUUAAUGUACUUCUCUUAUUAUUCAAUAUAUUUCUCCAUUUCUU